AUGGAGAGCGACGGCGAGAAGAAGAAAGUUACGAUAAAGUCGUCAUCGUUCAGGCUGCGAAGCCCAAGCCUAAACGCUCUUCGUCUCCAACGGAUUUUCGACUUGUUCGACAAAAACGGCGACGGAUUCAUCACCGUCGAGGAGCUAAGCCAAGCUCUCUCUCGUCUCGGCCUCAACGCCGAUCUCUCCGAUCUCAAAUCCACCGUCGAAUCCUACAUACAGCCUGGAAACACCGGCCUCAAUUUCGACGAUUUCUCUUCCCUCCACAAGACCCUCGACGACUCCUUCUUCGGCGGAGCAGAGGAAAACGAUGAAACUUCUUCCCCGGAAUCCGCCGCCGCAGACGAGUCGGAUCUCGCGGAGGCGUUUAAGGUGUUCGACGAGAACGGCGACGGGUUCAUCUCCGCCAGGGAAUUGCAGACGGUUCUGAAGAAACUUGGGUUGCCUGAAGGAGGAGAGAUGGCGAGAGUGGAGAAGAUGAUCGUCUCCGUUGACCGGAAUCAAGAUGGCCGCGUUGACUUUUUCGAAUUCAAGAACAUGAUGCGCACCGUCGUCAUCCCUUCUUCUUGA